GUGGUUCUGCUGGGGAUUGACAUCCUUUCCGCGCUAGUGUCCCGCUUGCAAGAUCGCUUCAAGGCCCAGAUUGGCACAGUGCUGCCAAGUUUACUUGAUAGGCUGGGAGACUCUAAGGACUCAGUGAGGGAGCAGGAUCAGACCUUGCUGCUAAAAAUCAUGGAACAAGCUGCUAACCCUCAGUACGUGUGGGACAGGAUGCUGGGAGGGUUCAAACACAAGAAUUUCCGGACAAGAGAAGGGAUUUGCCUCUGCCUUAUUGCAACACUCAAUGCAUCUGGAGCUCAGAGUUUAACACUGAGUAAGAUAGUGCCACAUAUAUGUAACUUACUUGGAGAUCCAAACAGCCAGGUUCGAGAUGCAGCAAUAAACAGCCUUGUGGAAAUUUACAGACAUGUUGGUGAACGUGUAAGGGCUGAUCUCAGUAAAAAAGGAUUACCCCAAUCUCGGUUGAAUGUAAUUUUUACAAAAUUCGAUGAGGUCCAAAAAUCUGGAAACAUGAUCCAGAGUUCGGGUGAUAAAAUUUUUGACGAUGAAGACUCUGUGGAUGGGAACAGACCUUCCUCAGCUAGCUCCUCUACAUCUUCAAAGGCCCCUGCAAACUCGCGCAGAGUUGGAAUGGGGACUACCCGCAGACUUGGGUCUGCAGCUCUGGGCUCCAAGUCUUCAACAGCCAAAGAGGGAGCAGGUGCUGUGGAUGAAGAAGACUUCAUUAAGGCAUUUGAAGAUGUCCCAACGGUUCAAAUUUAUUCCAGCCGGGAUCUUGAGGAAUCCAUAAACAAAAUAAGAGAGAUACUAUCAGAUGAUAAGCACGACUGGGAACAGAGAGUUUCCGCAUUGAAAAAGAUUCGCUCCUUGCUUUUGGCUGGAGCUGCAGAAUAUGAUAACUUCUUCCAACACUUAAGACUUUUGGAUGGAGCGUUUAAAUUAUCGGCUAAAGAUCUGCGAUCUCAAGUAGUACGAGAGGCUUGUAUCACGUUGGGACAUUUGUCAUCAGUUCUGGGAAACAAGUUUGAUCAUGGGGCAGAAGCCAUCAUGCCAACAAUUUUUAAUCUAAUUCCGAAUAGUGCCAAAGUCAUGGCUACUUCUGGUGUUGUAGCAGUUAGAUUAAUCAUUCGACAUACGCAUAUCCCUCGAUUAAUACCCAUCAUAACCAGUAAUUGUACCUCCAAGUCUGUUGCAGUUAGAAGGCGCUGUUUUGAAUUUUUAGACUUGUUGUUGCAGGAGUGGCAAACACACUCCCUAGAAAGACACAUAUCGGUGUUAGCUGAAACGAUAAAGAAAGGAAUUCAUGAUGCAGACUCUGAAGCCAGAAUAGAGGCAAGAAAGUGUUACUGGGGUUUCCACAGUCACUUCAGCCGAGAGGCGGAGCAUUUGUACCACACCUUGGAGUCUUCCUACCAGAAGGCCCUGCAGUCACAUUUGAAGAACUCUGACAGCAUUGUGUCCUUGCCACAGUCGGAUCGCUCUUCCUCCAGCUCCCAGGAGAGUCUCAACCGUCCAUUAUCUGCCAAAAGAAGUCCUACUGGAAGUACUACAUCUAGAGCAUCUACAGUAAGUACAAAAUCUGUGUCAACACCAGGAUCUCUGCAGCGAUCCCGCAGUGACGUCGAUGUGAAUGCAGCAGCUAGUGCCAAGUCAAAAGUGACGUCUUCUGGAGCAUCCACCCCCUUCAGUUCUGCUGCAGCCUUGCCCCCAGGCUCAUACGCAUCACUAGAUGGUACUACCACUAAAACCGAGGGUCGGAUUCGUACAAGGAGACAGAGCUCUGGCAGUGCCACAAGUGUCACCUCAACGCCUGCUGAUACCCGAGGCCGCAGCCGGGCUAAAGUAGUUUCCCAGUCCCAGCGAUCCAGAUCAGCUAAUCCUGCUGGUGCUGGUAGCCGGUCUAGUUCUCCGGGUAAGCUGUUAGGAAGCGCCUAUGGUGGCCUGAGCAGUGGAACAUCCAGAGUCCAGCCGGUGCCAUCUUCUUCAGAGAAGCGCAGCAAGAUCCCUCGGAGCCAGGGAUGCAGUCGAGAGACGAGUCCCAGCAGAAUAGGACUAGACCGGUUUGGACUUGGACAGCCAGGCAGGAUGCCUGCUUCUGUGAAUGCUAUGCGAGUCCUGAGCACAAGCACAGAUCUGGAGGCUGCUGUGGCUGAUGCACUGCUGUUAGGAGACUCCAGGAGCAAGAAAAAGCCAGUGAGAAGAAGAUAUGAACCCUAUGGGAUGUACUCCGAUGAUGAUGCUAACAGUGAUGCAUCAAGCGCUUGCUCAGAGCGCUCCUAUGGUUCCAGGAAUGGGGGCAUUCCACACUACCUGCGACAGACUGAAGAUGUGGCUGAGGUCCUGAACCACUGUGCCAGCUCCAACUGGUCUGAAAGGAAAGAGGGGCUCAUAGGUCUUCAGAACUUACUGAAAAGCCAGCGAACACUGAGGUGA